UUACUAGGGUUUCUGAUUUCUCCUGAAACUCAAUUAUUAUUGAAAAGAAAAAGGGGAAAAGUGAAAAUCCGCAGUAAAACUUUUCACAGAAAGCAGCGAAGCUCUUCUUCUCUCCUCCUUACAGUCGUCGGCUUCAGUCUUAUUCGGUAGAAAAUUCACUGCAAAAAAAAAAAAAAAAAAAAAGCUAAGCAUAAGCGGCCAUGGGGAGGGGAAAGUUCAAGGGAAAGCCCACCGGUCGGCGCCAAUUCUCCACUCCUGAGGAGAUGAUGGCUGGUACAUCAUCUCGUCCUCGAACUUUUAAAAAGGUAGAAGAUGAAGUUGAGGAAGCAGAGAGAUCAGAGUCUGAAGAGGAAUCUGGAGGAUCUGAUGAAGAAUCAGAAAAACGGAAGGGUACACAGGGCAUCAUUCAGAUUGAAAAUCCUAAUCUGGUCAAGCCUAAGAAUCUGAAAGCCAAAAAUGUGGAUAUUGAGAAAACCUCAGAACUUUCCAGACGUGAGAGGGAAGAGAUAGAGAAGCAGAAAGCUCAUGAGCGGUACAUGAAGCUCCAAGAACAAGGGAAAACAGAACAAUCUAGGAAGGAUUUAGAUCGUUUGGCCAUGAUAAGGCAAGAAAGAGCAGAAGCUGCUAAAAAACGAGAAGAGGAGAAAGCUGCUAAAGAGCAGAAGAAGUUGGAAACUCGCAAAUGAUGAAUUCAAGAUUUUAGGUUCUAGUUAUAUGUACUCCCUCCAUCCCAUUUUACAUGUCUUACUUUCCUUUUUAGUUUGUCACAAAAUAUUGUCUUCUUAACAAAAUUGAACAUAAUUAUCCUUCUACAUUUUCCAA